AUGUUUCUCAUGACCCCUCCCACAGUGCACUAUGCCCAUGGCUCACCAUUCUCUCGUUCGAAACAGGGCAAAGUCGCUGAGCUGCGACAGGAGUUGAACAGCGGCGGCAAGAAAGACAAGAACCAUUCCGCCAAGAAGAUCGCGCUCAAGAAGAUUGUCGCAAACAUGACCAUGAGCAACAACGAUAUGGUCGCCUUGUUCCCGGAUGUCAUCGGCUGCAUGAACCUGCCCAGCUUGGAGAUAAAGAAGAUGUGUUUCCUGUUCCUGGUCAAUUACUCAAGAGCGAAACCCGAGACUGCAAUGAAGGCGCUGCCGAUUCUGGUUGAUGACAUGGAAGACUCGAAUCCCCUUGUGCGCGCACUGGCACUACGCACCAUCUCCUACAUUCAUGUGCGCGAGUUUGUCGAGGCGACCUUUCAACCCGUCAAGCGACUGAUGGGGGACAUGGACCCUUAUGUUCGCAAGACCGCCGCAUUCUGCGUUGCUAAACUUUACGAGCACGACAAGAAGCUGGUGGAGACUUCCGACCUGAUUGACCGACUUAACAACAUGCUGAAAGACGAGAACCCGACUGUCGUUUCCAGCGUCCUUGCGUCCCUGGUGGAUAUAUGGGGCCGCAGUGAAUCCAUCUCCCUAUCCAUCGACUACACUAGCGCAUCCAAGCUGGUCUCGAUCUUACCAGACUGCUCUGAAUGGGGCCAGUCUUACAUCCUGGAGGCCAUGAUGUCCUAUGUUCCCCAAGAUUCCGCAGAAGCCCUGUUGCUGGCGGAGCGAAUAGCCCCCCGCCUAUCGCAUUCCAACUCUGCCGUUGUUCUGACCUCCAUCCGGGUCAUCCUCUACCUCAUGAACUAUAUUGCCGACGAAAGACAUGUCUCCUCUCUUGCGAAAAAGCUUUCGCCUCCCCUUGUCACCCUUCUCUCCAAGCCCCCAGAGGUCCAAUAUCUGGCACUCCGCAACGCCAUCCUUAUCCUACAAAAGAGACCAGAGGUCCUUCGGAACGACAUCCGUGUGUUCUUUUGCAACUACAACGAUCCGAUCUACGUCAAAGUAACCAAACUGGAGUUAAUAUUCAUGCUGACAACUAAAGAGAACAUCUCCGUGGUCCUUGCGGAACUAAGGGAAUACGCUACGGAAAUCGACGUCCACUUCGUGCGCAAAGCCGUGCGUGCCAUCGGAAAACUCGCCAUCAAGAUCGAAUCCGCCGCACGACAGUGCAUCGACACCCUUCUUGACCUGGUGAACGCCAAGAUCCCCUAUAUCGUGCAGGAGGCCACCGUCGUCAUCCGCAACAUCUUCCGCAAGUACCCCAACCAGUACGAGAGCAUCAUCGGCAACGUGAUCCAGAACAUCGACGAACUGGACGAGCCCGAAGCCAAGGCGGCCAUCAUCUGGAUCAUCGGCCAGUACGCCGACCGCAUCGAGAACUCCGACGGCCUGCUCCAGGACUACCUGGCGACGUUCCACGACGAGACCGUCGAAGUCCAACUCGCUCUCCUAACCGCCACCGUCAAAUUCUUCAUCCAACGCCCAACAAAGGGCCAACAGCUCGUCCCCCAAGUUCUCAAAUGGUGCACCGAAGAAACCGACGACCCCGACCUCCGCGACAGAGGCUACAUGUACUGGCGUCUGCUCUCCACCGACCCCGCGGCCGCCAAACAGGUCGUCAUGGGCCAGAAACCGCCCAUCAGCGCCGAAAGCGAGAAACUCGACUCGCGCACCCUGGAAGAACUGUGUCUCAACGUCGGCACACUCGCCACCGUCUACCUCAAGCCCGUCCAGCAGGUCUUCCGCUCCGCGCGCACAAGACGCCUACAGUACAGCCCGGCCCUCCAGCGCCCCAAGGAGGAAGCCGUCAACGCGGCCUGGCAAUUCCCCGAUCCCGCCUCCAGCCCGACGGCCGCGCUCAACGCCGGCGCUUUUGCCAAUAACAGCGCGCAAUCGGCCCAACCCGCCGACAUGAACGCCGCCGUCAGUGCCGCGGACAGCUACUUCAACAGCGUCGGCACCCAGCAGAUGGCGGCGCUGGAUCUCGGCGGUAGGGAAGAUGAUGGCGGGGCCGGCGGCGGUGGCGCCCUGCAGACCCAGUACGUCGUCAACCAGAACCAACAGCUGGUGUAUCAACCCCAGUUGGCUGGUGGUGCCGCUACCGGGGAGUUGUUGUUGCUGUAA